AUGGGCGCAUCUUCAUCAAAAGCGGCAAAGGGCGCCGCCCGCAAGUUCCCGACCCGCGCUCCCGGCGCCGUACCGACGUCCGCGGCGAGAGCAGCUCCAGCGCCCCCUUCAUCACAACCGCCGCAGGCCCGGCCACAGGCAAAGGCCGCCACUUCAAAGACAGAUGACAUUCUCGCCGACUCCAUCAACCCCGACAACGUGACGGAAGAAUUCUCGUCGCGCCUGCGCCAGAUGGGCAUUGUUCAACCGAACCCAACCUUCUCUCCGACCUCCACGGCCGCCCCGCCACCUCACGGCGCCGCGACUCAGAUGACAGGCCCUCUGUUUCCUCCAGCCUCUCGAAAUGUAACGUUAGGCACGCUGGAAGCGAGACGGGCUCUUCAACAACGGGCCGAUGAGGAGUUUGAGAACCUCGGCAGGAGUAGCAGCAAGGGAAGGUCGUUACUGGACCUCAAGAGCAUUGUGCAGAUGCACUUGUUGCGCGAAAAGGGACACUCGUCGGCGGAAAUCGAGGAGAGGCUCAACUUGAAGCCGGGGGUCGUUGAGAAGCUGGGGCGUCCAGGUAUCACCACCGUUGCUUGA